AUGCAAGCAGCAAAGAAGUUCCCGAAAAGCUACAAGUGUGGGGUGGGGGGCGAGGAUGUUGCCGACCUGAUCAGGAGAUGCUUGAGCAAACAGACCUUGGACAGGUUUCGGGAACAGCCCCUGCUGACCUCCUGCCUCAUCUCUGCCGGGUGUGUGGAGCCACGUGGGAGCGAGCUCUUCCCUUGCACGGCCCUGCCAAGUCCACCACAGACCAGGUGGCUGCUGAGACCGACUGGCAAGGAAGGCCUUCAUCUCCUGUCUCUUAUCUCGGUUUCCUCUCCCACCUUCUGUUUCCAGGUGUGGAUCAGGGACCUUCGGGGAAGCUGCCCGGCUGCCUCCGGGAACAUCAAGGUUGGAUGCUGUUGGAUCGCUUUCAGUACAGAUCCAGCAGGUGUGCUGGGCCUGGUGCCUCUGCAGGGCGAGCGGAUAGUGUCCCACCUGCCCUGCCACUCAGAUGCAGUGACUGAUUUCGACUUCUCCCCCUUCGAUGAGCAGAUCCUGGCCACCGCCUCGGCCGAUGAAUGUGUGAAGGUUUGGCGCCUCUCGCACCCGGGCCAGGACCUCUCGUCUUCCCCCCACAUCACCUUGGGGCCUGAAGGCAGCCGGCUGGACUUGGUCCUCUUCCACCCCACAGCAGACGGCCUCCUGGCCAGCGGGGCUCUGCGGAAAGUGAAGAUUUGGGAUGUGGGGCAGCAGCAAAGCCUGGCAGAUCUGGAGCGUCACGAGGACCAGGUGCAGAGCUUGGCUUGGAAACCGGACGGGUCGCUCCUGGGCACUUCCUGCAAGGAUAAAAAGGUGCGGAUCUUUGACCCUCGAGCCAAGCCUACUGCCUGCCAGAGCGUCCUGGCUCACGCCAAUGGCAAGGACUCCCGGCUGGCCUGGGUGGACGCGGACAGAUGCCUCCUCUCCGUGGGGUUCAACCAGGUGAGAGAGCGUGAGGUCCGCCUUUGGGACACCCGGAAGUUCAGCAGCUCCUUGGCUUCCCUCACCCUGGAUGCCUCCCCCAGGGCCCUGAUCCCGCUCUUUGAUCCCAGCACCGGUCUCCUCGUCCUGGCAGGGAAGGGGGAGAACGUGCUGUUCUGCUACGAGGUGGUGAUGGCCGGCCAGCCAGCUCUGAUGGAAGUCAACCAGUGCCUCUUGGAGACCACGUCCCACGGCGUGGCUCCCGUCCCGAAGCUGGUGCUGGACGUCAUGGCUUGCGAAGUGAUGCGGCUCUUGCAGCUGACCGAGGGCAGCAUCGUCCCUGUCAGCUACGUGGUGCCCAGGAAGUCCACGCAGGAGUUCCAGAAAGACUUGUUCCCUGACUGUCCUGGCAACACCCCAGCAGCCUCUGCCCAGGUCUGGUGGGCCGGAGGCAACCCCCAGGUGGAGAAGGUCAGCCUCCAUCCAGCCGGUCGGCCCACCAAGGCCUUCACCUCCCCCUGGCUUCCUCCCACCCCCCAGCAGAGCCAGGCCCCAGAAUCCCCUCCUGGAGGGGCUGACGGGGACCCCGCGAAGGACCUGGAGACAAGCGCCAGCAGCAGCCUCUCUUCCCCCAGCAGCUCGUUGGCAUCCCCGUCCAGCGCCACCCCGUCUCUCUCGGCCACCAGCGGCUUCGCCUCCAGCCCCAGCCAGCGGUCCCUGCACAGCCUCCUGGGGUCCAGCUCCGGGCUCCGCCACAUCCAGGGCGCCGUCCUCCACCGCAGCAGUCACAUCACCAACCUCCGAGGGCUCAGCCUCACCACCCCGGGGGAAUGCGACGGCUUCUGCGCCAACCGGAAGCGGGUCGCUGUCCCGUUGCUGUCUGCCGGGGGGCAGGUGGCCAUCCUGGAGGCCUCGCGCUCCCCACCCCCAACGUCGGGGGUCCCUUCAUUCCUUUGCUUUCUUGGUGUAGCUGGAGAGGAUGCCAAAAUCCGACUGUGGCGGGUCGAGCCGGGGGGCCUCCAGAAGAUGUUGCUGGAACCCGAAAUUGUGCUCCAAGGUCAUACGGAGAAGAUCUACUCGGUCAAGUUCCACCCGCUGGCCUCAGACAUCCUGGCCUCUUCCUCCUACGACAUGAGCCUCCGGGUCUGGGACGUGCGCGCUGGGCGGCAGGAGCUGAAGCUGGACGGGCACCGGGACCAGAUCUUCAGCCUGGCCUGGAGCCCCGACGGACGUCGGCUGGCCUCUGUUUGCAAGGAUGGCAAAAUAAGGGUGUUUGAGCCCCGACAGGCCUCCGAAUGCCUGCAGGAAGGCCCAGGCCCCGAAGGAAGCCGGGGGGCCCGCAUCGUCUGGGUGUGUGGAGGCCAAUACCUGCUAGUGUCUGGCUUUGACAGUCAGAGCGAACGCCAGCUUUCCCUGUACCAGGCAAAGUCUGUGACCGAUGGGCCUGUGGCAGUCGUCAACCUUGAUGUCUCUCCAUCCACCUUGAUCCCCUUCUAUGACCCAGACACGAGCAUGGUCUUCCUCUCAGGCAAGGGCGACACGAGGCUGUUUAUGUACGAGGUGGUCCCGGAGGCGCCCUUCUUCCUGGAGUGCAACAGCUUCUUCUCCAGCGACCCCCACAAGGGCUUCCAGUUCCUGCCCAAGACGGAGUGUGACGUGCGAGAGGUGGAGAUCGCCCGGGCCCUGCGCCUCCGGCAGAGCUCCGUGGAACCCGUGGCUUUCCGCCUGCCCAGGGUCAAGAAAGAAUUCUUCCAGGACGACCUUUAUCCGGACACAGAGGUGUGGUGGGAACCCGCUCUCUCCGCGGCCGCCUGGCUCAAGGGCUCCGAUGGGCUGGGCAACCGAGACGACCCCCUGCCACAGGACCUCUUCGAAGGCGUGGAUGAAGAGGAGUGGGUAAGGGGGGGCCACUCUCUCCGUGGCUCUGCCCACGUGGGCUUCGAUGGCGGGAGGGCCGACCAGAAGUGUGGGAAAGCCUUUAGUUCUUGCCGGGCUUCUCCUCCUGGCUGUCCUCCAGGGGCGCCACGGUGGCAGACGGGAUUCCCUCUCUGCCCCUCUUACGCCCACCACAAACGUGUUAGGAAUCCAGGUGCCGGCCACCAGGCGGGCCUCUGCCGUCCGGGCCAGCGCCUCUUUACAGCCAGUGCCAGGAAGCAGUUUUUGCACCCGCUGCAGCCACCUCAGCCCAGGGUGGCCGGCGCCCUCUUGGCUGCGGGGAGGGGAGGCUGCCUCUCCUGA